CCUCAGCCAAGCUAAGCAGAAGGGCACCCUGCAGGGAGUUUACGGUGCUUAGAGUAGUAGUGUGGCGCCGCUGUUCAACCUUACCUCACAGAUGGUUGGAGCGUCUCCGUCUCGGUGCGAGGACAUCAAAUAAGGAAGCAGCGAUCUCGACAGGAGAAACGCCAACAUAAUUUCGGCAUAUUCAUUGUUAGAGAACUCUUUGAAAUGUUUUUAUUCGGUAAAACUGUCCACUCAUAGCCAAAAAAAAAAAAAAAAAGCCCCUCCGUCCGCUUAAUUGAUCGAGAUGCGUUUUAACGAGAAGGAACUGGUAUGUUUGAGCCGCCAACCCUCAGAGAUGGCAGCUGAACUGGGAAUGCGAGGUCCCAAGAAAGGAGACGUUGUCAAGAAGAGGCUGGUGAAACUCGUAGUUAACUUUCUAUUUUACUUCCGGACGGAUGAAGAGGAGCCAAUCGGGGCUCUGCUGUUGGAGCAGUGUCGUGUAGAGAGGGAGGACACUCAGACCUUCUCUAUUGCAUUUCUAGAUGAAGCGGAGAGGAAAUAUCUGUUUGAGUGUGACUCUGAAGAGCAAUGUAAGGACUGGAUAGACUCGAUUAUCAAAGCAAGCUACGAGUUCAUGAGGAGGAAUCUUAUAUUCUACCGAACUGAAAUCCACAGACUCACUGGAAAGGACCCGUUGGAGCAAUAUGGCAUUUCUGAUGAAACUCGCUUCCAGGGCAACAGUGGCUCCCAGCUCGUGGCCAGAGAUACCUCUUCCCUGUAAACCAGGAUGCUGUGAUAAGAUUGGUUCAUUCAGUCUGCCAUUCCAGCCUUCACUUCACUUCAGAAUACAACAGCGUUUCUACCUUCCAAUUGUCUCUACCUGUGCUAGUUUAAUGUAGUUAGCUAUGUUUAGGUAAUUCACGUCAUCACAAACUCAUAUUACUUUUGCUAUGUCAUUCAUUCCAAGUAAUGUAGGUCUAUGUUAAUGUUAGUUCAGGGUAUUUAACGCAACAAUUACUGUUGGAUUUUCAGCCCCCUUCUUUUUUGAUUAGCUGUUUGUAUGUUUUUAAUUAAAUGCUGUACAUGCUGAGAAUGUGAUAUUAAGAGUUUUAUUUUAGCUGUUUUUGAGUGUAUGUUCAAUAUAUAUUACAUUUAAAAUUCUUAGUUUUAAAAACUAUCCUUUUGCACAACACUGGUAAUUUAGUUGUUUUUGUUUUUUUCUACAAUUACAGUGAUUUACUUGAGCCUAAUCUAAGUUUUUCUGUCACUGGGAGCCAGAUUCUUUCAGCUAGCCUUUUGGUUCAUUUAGAAAACCGGUUUCUUGCUGUAAAACUUUACUGGAAGUUUUGCUCUCCAGGUUGAUUUUUUUUUUUCACUGGGUUUUGCGUCAUACAAAUGAGUGAAAUACCUGUGCUGUUUAUCUGGAGUCGCAUCACUCGUCACUGAAUGUAUGUUCUUUUUAAACUUUUGCACAUCAUUUCUUUUAGCACUUAUUUCCAGUAUACUUGUUUCACUGACAUUUUUUUUAUAGCAAUAAAGAAAGAGGUUGAUGGAGCACUUUAUGAAAAUGAAAUAUUCUCAAACUGAGAUUUUAUGUGUUAUAAUAAUUUUUGUAUUUUUGGUCUGCUAGCAAUGUCAUUAUUUUGUUCAUACCAAUAGAUCUCAAACUGAGGUGCAGAUGAUCAUCAGGGUGCAAAAGGUGCUGUUAGGGGUUGGUUUGGUUAAUUACUUGGGAAUGUCAACAUGAAAUUAAAUUAUUUAAACAUUUUGAAAAAACAAA